UUCUCUCUCACUCUAAACUCUGACUCUGCAGGAGAAACUCCAGUAAACAUACAGUGUUCCUUUCUCUCUCUACAGAAAAACCCUCCGAGUUGUCCUCUUUCUUUCCUCAGUCAUUCAAGGUUUUUUAUUGAGGGGAAGCGAGCAUGUCGUCUUUGGAAAAAGAUCUGUUGUUUUUGAUACUUCAGUUUCUUGAUAAAAAGAAUUUCACAGGAGCUGCUCACAAAUUGGAACAAGAAUCAGGAAUCUUCUUCAGUAUGCCCUAUUUCGAGGAGAGGGUAACUAAUGGGGAUUGGGAUGAGGUGGAAAAUUACUUAUCUGGGUUCACAAGGCCUGAUGAGAACACAAAUUCCAAGAAAAUCUUUAAUGCGAUCCAAGAACACAAGUGCUUAGAGGUCCUGGACAGAGAGGAUAAGGAAGUAUCCAAGUAUGGAGACCUAAUCAAUGCUAGGAGCGAAAUGCUUGCUCAUGUUAAGAAGCUUAUAGAAGAAAAUCCCGUGUUCUGUGAUAAGCUGAUAUUCCCCACCUUCGAUCCCUCAGCAUUAGGGACACUAAGUUUGAACUUGCAGCACCAUUUGGCUUCUGUUUCACCUUCACACUCUGUUCCUAAGCCUGUGGAAUCCCCACCUCCAUUUCAAGAUCCAUCAUCUCUUCCUCAACCUUCAGCUUCAAAUCCUCACCCUUCAGCUUCUGCUGGUUUCAAUACCCAAAACAAUUCUGCAGAUAAUUUGAAGCAUCCUACAACUCCUACAAAUAAACCAGCUGUGGAGAACCAGAAUGAUCUCUCAGAACUAGACUUGUAUGAAACAAGAUCAUCCGAAAUGUCAAAUGAAUCUCCCCCGCUAAGUAUAUCUGGUGAUGAUAAUGCUAGUACUGGAUCAAGCAUUGAGGAUCGAGUUUCUCCAGUGAAUGAAGAUAGGCAAAAUAUGGUAGACGGGAAGCCCAGAAUUGCAGAUGGUUCCUCCGGGAAAUCUAGGUUGCAGAAACUGAUAGAAGUGAAUAAGCCAUCAGAAUGUCAUUUCCUGAGACUUCCAGAUAGUUUGGUGGCGGUGAAAGUUCCAAGAUUGAUGUAUACCAAUUCAGGAUCCGCCAUACUAGCUUUAUAUGUUAAUGCCGUGCAUAAAAUGUGGAAAUCGCCAGAAAAUGACAGUAAUUCGUUGGGAAACUUCCCUGCCAAUUGCAUUCAAUGCUGUACUGCGAGAUUGAUGACUGGCAUGAAUCCAGAAGAUGCUGUUCCAUGCUUUGCUCUGUCCAACAAUGAUUCUUAUGUUGUGUCGGCGUCAGGACAGGAAAUUUCCUAUUUUAAUACGUUGACCUUCCAAACAAAGAAAUCAUUCAAGUUCCCUUCAUCGGCAGUAACAUUUCUGGCAUUUCACCCCCAAAACAAUAACAUCAUAGCAAUUGGCUUGGAUGACUCAUCUAUCCAAAUAUAUGAUGUCGAGGCUAAUGAGGUCAAAACCGAGCUCAAAGCUCACCAAAAAAGGAUAACAGGCCUUGCCUUCUCUAAUAUUCUUAACGUUCUUGUAUCUUCAGGAGCUGAUUCUCAGCUGUGUGUUUGGAGCACUGAUACAUGGGAGAAGCAAACAAAUGAAUACUUACGGAGCCCAGCUGGUGCUUCUCUUGCAGCUACCCUUGUUCAAUUUCACCAAGAUCAAACACAUUUGCUAGCAGUCCAAGAGACACAGCUAGUAAUAUAUGAAGCAGAAGUAGCUAAUUUGGAUUGGCGUGUGAAGUGGCCACUAAAAGCAAGUGUCUCUAUCACGUAUGCUACAUAUUCGUGCGAUAGCAAAUCCAUAUAUGUCAGCUUUAAAUGCGGAAGUAUAAGCGUUCUUACAGCUGCAUCACUGCGUUUGAGAUGUCGAAUCAAUCCCUCUCUAUACUUACUUGCCAAUCCAAGCUUACAGGCCUAUCCCUUAGUUAUUGCGGCGCACCCUUCCAAGCCUAAUCAAUUUGCAGUAGGACUUUCUGAUGGUGGUGUCUAUGUACUUGAGCCACUAGAGUCAGAAGGCAAGUGGUACCUCUAACCUCCACUAGUAAACGGUGCUGGGUUUAUACACAGCGGUCUCUCCAUGAUAUCAAUUUAACAAAUUCUCGCUCUUUUGUACUGUUAAACCAUUCUUUUUCUUCUAGAGGAAAGGCUCCAAAAUCUGUUGAUAUAGUUGUAUGUCAGUUUCUUAGAGUUAGUUUAGAGGUAGUUAUCUUUACAAUGAACAAUGGGGAUUUUGGUCCGUGGUUACAGUUGAAUGAUGACCGAUGAAGUCCUCAUA